GUCGACUCACAAUCGCUGACCAAAACGGUUUUUUUUUUCUAUUUCGUGGUUACGUCCGGGUGCACCGUUAUAACAACAGUUUCGUUUUCGGAAUUUUCAAAUUGGCAGUGACCUAGAGCGAAGUUAAACUAACACAAACUCGGUCAGUGUGGUUGACAGUGGUGAAGUGACAGUUUGUUUGUUAGAAGAAAUUUUACACCGGCACCAUGGCUGUGCUGCUGUUUGCUGGUAUCGCGGUCGCGAUUCUAUUCUCUAUUUUCUUCUUCAUGAAAUCGGGGAAAGAAAUGCCGAAAAACUGGUCCCAACUGGUAGCGGAGAUUAAGGUGCAGCAGGUUGGAUUUUUCGGCAUCGUUGAGGACAUCUUGCUGCGGGGAGCGAACAAAGUCGACCUGUACAAACAACCGGGAAAAAUUGCGCUCGUCACCGGUGGAAACCGUGGCAUCGGAUUGCGGAUCGUGAAAAAACUCGUCGAAUGUGACAUCGAGGUGAUACUAGGCGUUCGCAACCCGGAUGCAUCGAAAAAGGCUGUCGAAAAGUAUCUGACGGAGGAGGGAAAUUUGUUGGCUGGUGCGAAACUACACUACGAACAGUUGGACAUUGGCAGUAUGAAAUCGGUGCGAGCAUUCGCGAGCCGCGUUCAGGCUAAGUUUGACAAAAUUCACCUUCUUAUCAAUAAUGCUGGCGUGAUGGGAGUUCCGUACAAGCUGACCGACGAAGGCUUUGAAUCGCAUAUGGCUAUUAACUAUUAUGGUCACUUUUUGUUAACCCAUCUGCUGAUACCACAGCUGCGGGCGGCCGGAAGUCCGGAAUGUGCGGCUCGAAUUGUGAACGUAUCGUCCUGUGUCAACAAAGUUGGAGAUAUUAAGUAUGGAGACAUCAACCGAACCAAAGACUACUAUCCGGCCGAGGCGUACAACCAGAGCAAGCUGGUCCAGGUGCUGUUCGCGAAGCACACCAACCUGCAAUUCGAGGAAGAUAACGUUCCAAUUCGGUCCUACGCCGUGCACCCGGGAGUUGUCAAUACGGAUUUGUUCGAAAACUCCAGCACCACAUACAUCCCGUGGCUCCGACAGCUGCUGUUCAAGAACCCUGAACAAGGAUCACGCACCAUUGUGUACGCAGCAAUCGCCCCGGAACUGGAAGGCAAGGGGGGAACGUACCUGAGCAACUGCCGUUUGACGACCUGCCAUCGCUUCUGGAAGAAUUCGGUCCAGUGCGAUAAGCUGUUCCGCUUCACCUGUGAUACGCUAGGAAUUAAGGACUUUUUCCACAAGGAGCCCUCCAAGUAGAGCGCUUCCCCGUUUUGUUUCCCUACAUUUCACUUCAUCGAUGGGACUCUGAAGUGCAUUCAGGCCACGAAGCAUCAUGCUGCUGUGAGGGUUUGAUUCUAUUCUGCUGUUGCUGUUGUUACCGUUGUCGGAGGCCAUCGAUUUCAAACUUUACCCCGGAUCGUGGCAACGUGGAAGAGAACAAGAA